AUGAAACUCGAAACUACAAAACUGACAACGGAGAAUGAGAAGUUAAAGGCGGACCUGCUGGAGCUCCGCUGCAGGAGCAUGCGGGACAACCUGCUGAUCAUGGGAAUUAGCGAAGAUAAAGGAGAAACUUACAGUAUCGCGGAGAACCUCGUCAGAGCCUUUUUGCAGGAGCAACUCGGCAUCCCGGAGGAAGAGGUCAAGAAGAUCCAAAUGGAACGAGCACACAGGAUUGGCAAGCGCAAGGAGGAAGGUAAACCGAGGCCCAUGGUUGUGAAGUUUACUAGCUCCAAGUGCAAAGACGGAGUGCUUUCUCUCUCCAAAAGACUGAAAGGCACUUCAUUCUUCAUAACCAGCCAAUACCCAACUGAGGUGGUGGAGAAACGACACAUGGGGAAACACGUGAGGAACAAUAACAAAGUCGCGCAGUGA